CCCACCGCCGCGCGCGUCAGUUCGCCUCUAGCAUUCAAACACGUCGGGUGUAUGUCAUAUCUUUUGUAAAUCGCGAGUGACUGACGGUGCGGAGUCGUGUAUUACACUAGUGUUGUUGUUGUGUUAAGUGGAGUGUGUGCUGUGUCCUGUUUCAUUAAGUGUUGCUGACCAUGAGCGCGUGUGUUUGACGUGGGAAUGUAUCCAAGCGCGGGCGCUAUGAACGCCGCCGCCGCCGCCGCUGCUGUGGCGGCCGCUAGGCAUCCGGGCCCACCGCAGCCCGGCCAACCUAUCAAAUUUACUGUAGGCGAAUCCUGUGAUCGGAUCAAAGAGGAAUUUAAUUUUCUUCAAGCACAAUAUCAUAAUUUAAAAUUAGAAUGUGAAAAAUUGGCUAGUGAAAAAAUUGAAAUACAGAGGCAUUAUGUUAUGUACUAUGAAAUGUCUUACGGCCUCAAUGUGGAAAUGCACAAACAGACGGAGAUAGCGAAAAGAUUAAAUGCAAUAAUAGCACAGAUCCUGCCGUUCCUCUCUCAAGAACACCAGCAACAAGUGGCUUCAGCUGUGGAAAGAGCGAAACAGGUCACAAUGACUGAACUCAAUGCUAUUAUAGGGCAACAAAGGCCGGACCUGCCUCGGUUAUUGCAACAGAUGCAUGCAGCGCACUUGCCAGCACACGGGGCGCCACCGUUGCCGCUCCUUGGACAAGGCGCUUUACCACCAGCGGGCCUUCUUGGCCUAGGCGUUCCACACCAUCCACUCUCAGUUCUGGCUAAACCGCCCGAACUACAUCGACCUGACGACAAAGGAAACGGUAUCAGUUCAGCGGAAGAAAGACAUAGGAAUUCCAUAUCUCCGGGAGAGAGAGAAAAGUAUAGGACGCGAAGUCCAGCAGAACCAGACCAUAAGAAACUCAAGAAAGAAGAAAAGGAUAUGGGCCAUGAGUUGGUGGUAGACGAUGCGAGUGAAGAACCUACGUCACCGCACAACGGGGCUCCUUCACCUAGAGAGAAUGGACUCGAUAAACUGCAACCUAAAAAGGAACAUCCGCCACACAGCCCAAGGUCGGGUACCUCUAGCAAUGCGUCAACGCCGUCAGCGAAGAAAUUGGACGAGAAACCGAGUACGCCAAUCUCAAAACCGGUCACGCCGACGUCGGGGGCGAGCGGGGCUGGUGCGGCGGGGGCGCCCUUGAAGGCGGCAGUGAAGCCCCCAUCGCUACAAUACCCGUAUUUAGGCAAUGGAGCACAUGACGCAUAUGGCCUGGCCGGGUACUCGGCGCGGGCAGCACUCGCGUAUGAACCCUUACGGCCACCUAUCGGGCCAGCGGCGCUGGCGCCUAUACCUGGCGGUAAACCAGCAUACUCAUUCCACGUAUCGGCCGAGGGUCAGAUGCAACCGGUGCCGUUCCCUCCGGAUGCGCUGAUGGGUCCCGGCAUCCCCCGGCACGCGCGGCAAGUCUCCGCCUUGGCACACGGCGAGGUGGUCUGCGCGGUCACUGUCUCCUCACCCACUAAGUACGUCUACACCGGCGGCAAGGGCUGCGUGAAGGUGUGGGACAUCAGCCAACCCAGCAAAGCGCCAGUUAGCCAAUUGGAUUGUUUGCAAAGGGACAAUUACAUUAGGUCCGUAAAGUUGUUGCCCGAUGGUCGUACACUGAUCGUGGGCGGGGAGGCGUCAAAUCUAUCAAUAUGGGACCUGGCGUCCCCGACGCCACGCAUCAAAGCAGAGUUGACAUCAUCCGCGCCAGCUUGUUACGCGUUGGCCAUUAGUCCAGACUCUAAGGUGUGCUUUAGUUGUUGUUCAGACGGAAACAUAGCCGUUUGGGACCUUCACAAUCAGACGCUGGUGCGGCAGUUCCAAGGACACACCGACGGCGCCUCCUGCAUCGAUAUCUCUGCUGACGGAACCAAGUUGUGGACGGGCGGCCUUGACAACACUGUGAGAUCAUGGGAUUUAAGAGAAGGCAGACAAUUACAGCAACACGACUUCAGUUCUCAAAUAUUCUCGCUGGGCUACUGUCCUACUGGUGAGUGGCUAGCAGUGGGCAUGGAGAACAGCAACGUAGAAGUGUUGCACGCGGUGAAGCCUGAUAAGUACCAGUUGCACUUACACGAGUCGUGUGUGCUCUCACUCCGAUUCGCCUCGUGUGGCAAGUGGUUCGUUUCCACGGGGAAGGACAAUCUGCUCAACGCAUGGCGUACGCCGUACGGCGCUAGUAUAUUCCAGUCAAAAGAAUCAUCAUCAGUACUCAGCUGCGACAUUUCAUCGGACGACAAAUACAUAGUGACAGGCUCCGGCGACAAGAAAGCCACAGUCUACGAAGUGAUCUACUAGUGAAAACAAACAGACUAACAAACAAACGAACAAAAUAGAUCAAGUGACUCUGUUCUAGUGAGUGACGUUCCGCGAACGUAGAGUGGCAAGUGGUGAUAUAGUUUUAGUGUAUGUAUAGAUAAUAUUAUAUUGGGAAGCCUGUAUGUACUUAUGCGACUUGUUUAUAUAGAUUAGUGUGCGCGGUUUUAUGUUUAUUUGUUGAGCGCCCGUAGUGUAUGUUGGCAGCAGAUCUCAAAAUGACGAUUUCGUUUCAAUAUUGUUGUAAAAUGCUCGUAUUAAAGAAAAGAUAUGCGCAAACUA